AUCUUUAAUGUCAUCUUUAAAUUUUGUGACUGUGAUUUUACUGUUAACGGAGGUAACUAACAAACUGUUACCAGCAAAACAUCAUGUACAUGUCAAGAAUUUUGUCGGCUCUGCUAAUAAUAGCAGUCUGUAAACAGGUGAUGAGUGCGGUGACGUCACCUCACGUGACUGUAGCGCAAGGCACUCUGCGAGGCUUGCAGGUGACUUCGAGAGCGUCAGGAAAGACUUACUACCGCUUCCAAGGCAUUCCUUACGCGAAGCCUCCCGUGGGAUCGCUCCGGUUCAAGGCCCCGGAGGAGCCGGCGUCGUGGUCCGGCGUGCGGGACGCCAUCAACGAGGGAGGGGUCUGCCCCCAGGACGGAGUCAAGAGCCAGGAGGACUGUCUUUUCCUCAACGUGUACUCGCCUCAGCUGCCCGGCACCAGGAGCAGCUCCCUGAGGCCCGUCAUGGUGUGGAUCCACGGCGGGGGGUUCUCCAAGGGCUCCGGCUCCACCAGGGGGCUGGGCCCGGACUAUCUCGUGGACGAGGGAGUCGUGCUGGUCACAAUCAACUAUCGUCUGGGAGUCAUAGGGUUCCUGAGCGUGGAUGGCACAGACGUGGCUGCGAACGCGGGCCUGAAGGACCAGGUGGCAGCCCUGCACUGGGUCAAGAAGAACAUCGCCAAGUUCGGGGGCGACCCGGACAACGUCACCAUCUUCGGAGAGAGUGCCGGCGGUGCCAGCGUCAGCUACCUGGUGCUGUCUCCUCUAGCCAAAGGUUUGUUUAAUCGAGCCAUCUCAGCGAGUGGCUCCGCCCUGAACCCGUGGGCAUUCUCUCCCAAUCCCAGCGAGCGCGCCUUCCGCCUCGGCCAAGCGCUGGGGCACCACGGGAGCGACGCCAAGGCUCUAGUCAAGUUCCUCAGAGGCCUCACGGCUGAACAGCUGAUUGCGCAACAGGAGAAGGCACUCACGGCGGAGGAGAAGAAGACCGGGCGGGUUUACGCCUUCGUGGGAGCCGUGGAGAAGUCGGUGGCCAGCGGGGACCACGUGUUCCUGCCCGACACGCCCUACAGCCUGCUGCGGGCCGGCAAGUUCAACAGAGUUCCCUACCUGACCGGGGACUGCUCGGCCGAGUACAGGGAGUCCGCGGCCGCUCUCAAUAAAUCUGCUUCCAACUGGGUGACCAUGAACAGAGACUUCGAGAGGUUCGUUCCCUAUGAACUUGGACUGAAAGAAGGGUCGCCAAAGUCUCGAGAGGUUGCCGCGGCAAUCAAGAAAUUUUACUUUGGUUCCAAAGAUCUGUCUGUGCAUACAGUGGAGCAGUUCUGCAACAUGGAGAGUGACAUUAUGUUUGUGAGAGGUGUCUACAAAACCUCCAUGGAAAUUAUUCAGCAUUCGUCUGCCCCGGUUUACAACUACUUGUUCAGUUUUGACGGGAAGUUGGGAAAGUCACGAGUUCACGGUUCCACCACUCCCAUCUACGGUCCAAGCCACGGAGAUGAUCUGACGUACCUCUUCUACUACAUAGCGGUCACCAAACCCUUCCCGGCCAAUUCACCCGAGAUGAUUACACUGCGACAUAUAGUGUCCAUUUGGACCAACUUCGCAAAAACUGGGAACCCAAGCGCCGGGAUAAACGUCAAGUGGCCAGCCAACACUGCUGCUAACGCUCACUGCUUGAACCUCAACGCCACACUCCGCAUCGACAACGGCUUUGAGAAAACACGGAUGAGUUUCUGGGAUAACAUAUACAAACUGUAUGGAAAGGCUUAACACCAUCAUGAGCUUUAAAUGUAACCACUAGAGAUGGUGAAUUGGAAAUUAAAUAUUUAAUUCAUUUU